GCACAAUCCCUAAACAGCGCACAGGACAAAUAAAAUACUGAAGGACUCCUGCCUCCCUCUGCUCCUACCAGUUUUCCGGGCACUAUCACUCCCCGCCGAGGGGAGAGGACUGCCCGGCUGCAGGCCCGGGGCGAGCUCGGGGCGCUGCGGGAGAAGGGGAGGAAGGAAACGGGCCGCUCCCUGCCCGGGCUCCGCCGGCGCUUGCCGCCGGCGCAAGGAGCGGGCCCGCGACGCCCGGUAUGGAGGGUCCCGAGCCCUGCCAGCAGGCCGACUCGAGGCCGGCCCGUCUCCCGGACGACCACCGUUGGCGGCCGGGGGCUGGCGAGCAGCGCCAUGACCGAGCAGCGCCCGCCGCGGCCCCUCUACUUCCCCCAGUUCCACGACCGCGCCGAGCCCGUCCCACCCCCGGCCGACGGCGGCAUCCUGCGGCCGCCCUUCGCAGGCGUGUGCGGGCCGCGGCAGCCCCCGCUGCCUGCUGCCGGGGCGCCCCGCUGGGCCGCGGGGCUGGCGCCCAUCGCCUACGAGCCGCUGCGCUUCUUCUGCCCGGCUGCGGAGGGCGGGGGCGCGGCGCGGCGGCCCGGGGAGCAGGCGCAGCUGGAGAGCGAGAUCUGCGAGCUGAGCAUCCGCCUCAAGGAGCUGGAGCUGCUGGCGCUCGUCGGCGACGGCUUCGACGCCCAGCAGUAUAAACUUCUCAAGGCACUGAAAGAAGAAAAGAUACAAGGCAUGAAAGCAAGGCAGAAGCUGAAGAAAUAGCCACCAAUAUGAUGAGGAUUAUUUCUGCUGGAUAUUCUGUCACUAUAUCACUACAGAGUAUUUUAAUGGAUCUUCGAUACGAUUUUUCUACUUGUU